UCUUUUUAGAUUAAUAAUUGUAACUGAAAAUACAGGACAAUGGUAGGUGAGAACUGAAAGAGGCAAGGGGAGUGAUCGAGAAAUCAUUUAUAAGAAGUUCAGUUUCAGGGCUUUUCAUAUACCAUCAUCAUCAAUAUCAAAAUCAAAAGAAAGCAAUCAUGGCUUCAUCAAAUAAACACUGGCCCAGCAUGUUCAAGUCCAAGCCCAGUAGCAAUCAUCAAAACCAGUACCAAUUGCAAAACCACCAUGACCAAACGGUUUCUUCAACUGAGAGAUGCCCAGAGCCAAAGGCAAGAUGGAAUCCAAAAGCGGAACAGAUUCGAAUCCUUGAAGGUAUAUUCAACUCAGGAAUGUUUAACCCGCCACGUGACGAGAUUCGAAAGAUCCGAAUCCAACUCCAAGAAUACGGUGAGGUAGGCGACGCCAAUGUCUUCUAUUGGUUUCAGAACCGGAAAUCAAGGUCCAAACACAAACUACGCCACCACAACAACCCUAACCCCUCCACCAAAAUCACUUCCCCAGCUUCUAUUACCACCACCGCAGCAGCAGCAGCAGCCGCCGCCACCUCUUCACCUACAUCUGCCGGACCCAUUGGAAAUGCUGGGUGGGUUUUUCAGGCAUCGCCGAACUAUCAACAUCCAAUAAUGGCGCCGUCGCCGGUGCCGGCGUUGGCGCCAGAUUUGUAUUUUCCGGUACAUGAGCAGUUAUCAUCUACUACUACUGGUUCAAAUAAUGUUUUGGGGGAGUUUCCUGAGGUAAGCAGUGGCGGUGGUGAUAUGGUUCAGGUGGCGGUAGGUCAUGAGACGGUUAAUGUAUCUAAUUCUUCUCAAAAUAAUAAUAAUAUAGAAGAUGAAUUAUUAUUAUUAUAUGGUGGUGGGGGCGGGGAUUUAACGUCGGAAGGGAGUAGUUAUAACAAGAUAAUAGUGUUUAUUAACGAUGUGGUAUUUGAGUUAGCGGCGGUUCCUAUAAAUGUGAAGGAGGUUUUUGGAGAGGAUGCGGUUCUAUAUCUUUCUACGGGUCAGCCUGUUCUAACGGAUCAAUGGGGACUCACCACUUUGCAACAUGGUUCUUUCUACUAUUUGAUCCGCAAAUUAUCAUCUUCCUCUUCUUCUGAUCCUCCACAGUUUCAGUUUUAUAAUAUGAUGUAA